UCCGCUCGGUAAGCCACACCGAUGGUACCCGUUGAGUAUACCGCGUACAACGUGACAGAUAUAGAUUAAGUACACCGAUCGAUUUAUCGUGGAUAUACAUUUUUGUGUUUUUGUGAAUUAUGUGAUUUCUUAUUUAAGUUGUUUUGGAAAAUUGAUGUAAUUCAUUGAUCAAGUUAUGAGAAGGAAUAAAUGUUUGUGGAAGUUCAAUUUUUUUAGAGCACGGAGAUGACGAGAAGUAUCGAUGUUAGGAGAGUGGAGGCUUCGUUGGGGUAUUAAUACGCUAUGAGAGAACGAUGACAGCUCACACGGAGAAAAAAUACGACAAUUUUUCUCUAUAAACUCAGAGAUAAAUUACCGUGCUGGAUAGUAAGCGAGACUCAGUUUUCUAACAUCGAGGAAAAUCAGGUGCCCGCAAAGUUUACACUGAGAGAUACCACAUCAACUGCCAGUUGAGAUGUGGAAACGUGUGCGUUUCCUCGUCCUGGCGGCAGUUGUGAUCGCUAGGAUUCACUUGAUCAACAGCCAAAAUCCUCGGCUCGGUGGUGGUGUAAAUAUAUUCAGUCGUUACGGUUACCUGAGCAUAAGUAUGCGAGUUGUACCGCGAAAUGACACAGAACCGUGGAUCUUUCGUGAGCCAACAGUGGACGUCUUCCAGAAUCCAUUGCCAGCACCACCAAGACUGCGUGCGAAAAGUGCAGCGGUGUUCGAAGGAGACUUUCACAUGGAGUUUUGUGACAAUGUGAGACAACUCCUGCAGGCUUACUUUCGUGAUUUCUCCUUUGAGUUAUUGGAGAGACCCUGGAGGGCAUUUACGGCGAGUUGGUCAAAGCCUGCGAUGGCCAGAAAUUUGGGCAUCAACUCGUCAUUCAUCUCUCCGGACUAUUGUUAUGUACUAGUGAGGGUAGCCAGGUUCAGGGAUGACCAGAAACUCGCGGGAGUACCUGAUAAUCUCGUUCUUGAUGAGACUGUCGCUAGGGAAAUGAAUAAUAUUACUAUUGGGGACACUGUCAGUGUUAUCACGUUUAUUAGGAACUUUGGCUCACAUUAUAUAUCGUCUUUUGUCACUGGAAAUUCACUCUAUCAGGUAUUCGUAUACACUCCUCAAGUAUACCGAAGAAUAAAAGAACGGCUGAAGACGCAUGGUGUAGCUGACCUAUCGAGUCGCGAGCUGCGUAAUUACUUUUCACCUUGGUACGCUAAACACAUGGGUGCCAUACAAUCAGCGAGUGGCAAUAAAUCAGUGGAGGCAUGGGCGAUUGAUAGUCUUCGAGUGCAGUAUUACAUAUUCACAUAUGCGAGCCUCUUGCAGCUCCAUGGUGAUGCCAGUUUACUCGGUGAACUCGACGGAUUGCUCAAUAAUGAGGCAGUGCUUCAACUCAAAUUGCGCACCUUAGCGCCACACUUCAAGGAUUCCAAGAGGCGCGAUUGGUUCCUCGAGGUCAUCGAUAAUUACUUCAAACUGUGGGAGGUCAACAUGUGAUGUGAUAGACUUUAUCACUGCGAUACGAAGGAUUUUAUCCUCGUUGUGAGUUUCACUGUCAAUCAAACGCAUUGCAGAACUUUUGAUGACUAUGAUGUGACUCUUUCGAGGUUUCUUCAUUAUUUGAGAAACUUCAGUGAUUCUGUGAACUCGAGGACUAUUACUCUGUGGUGAUCUCGCUGUCAGACUGAAUGCAAUUACUGAACUCAAGCUCAUUUCUCUUUUUUAUGAGACAAACAAACACCAAGUGCUCUCCCCCUCAUUUCUAUUAUCUACCAACGAAAAUGUAAUCUGUUAUUGUUAUAAAUAAGUAUUUAUUAUAUAAUCGUUAAUAGGAAAACAUUUUAUACAAACGUUUUAUUUGUUUUAGUAUUAUUCAUAUCACAAGCGUUACUUAUUCUUUUGAAUUGUUCGUGAGUGAAACGGUAAAAUGUCAGCAAAAUUCAAUGAAUUUCUUCACUGAGAGAAAAACUAACAAGUUCUCAAACAAGUCUUGUUAAGGCCAAUAAAAUCGUUAGUAGAAAACUACAAAAAAUAAAUAAAUGUUUGGUUCCAAUUUGAAAGUCUUA